ACAGGGGUGAAACCUUUUCACAAUCACAAAAUAUAUGAACCGAUGUUUCAGGGAAUUUGUUGCAAAAUUCACUCAAAGGGAAAUCUUUCCUUUUAAUCUUAAAAAGAAAAUCAUUGAAGGCAAUGCAUUUGUGAAAAACUUGAAAUAAAAAGAACGAAUUUUAGUGUCUAUAAUUACGGCUUUCUUGAUUUAACUUUGAGGAUCAUCGAAUAUCGGAUAAUAUUUUGAGCCACAAAACUAAGGAUAUAAAGUUGACGCAAUAGCUGGUAAUACUAGUAAUAGGCUAUAAUAGCAGCAUAUUGGUCGCCAAUUGCCGACGUGAACCACGUGAAUGUCGUCAGCUGCGGAGCAAUAAAAAUGAGCGGAAAGAACAGGAAUCAACUCCCCAAUAAUCUGCCCCAGUUGCAGAAUGUCAUAAAGCGGGAUCCAGAGUCAUAUACAGAAGAAUUUCUUCAGCAGUAUCGCCACUACCAAUCCAAUGUACAGGUUUUUCAGCUGAAGCCCUCUGAAUACUCCAAGAGUCUUGAAGAACUGAUAAUGUUCUUGAGUCAGAUAGCCCACUGUUACCCAGAGCAUUUAUCAGACUAUCCUCAGCAGCUCAAAGAUAUACUUCAGACAUACAGCACAGUUCUUGACCCUGAUAUGAGAAUGACACUCUGUAAAGGUUUGAUCUUGCUGAGGAAUCGAGGAUUAGUCUCACCUACUAGUCUCUUAGGAUUAUUCUUUGAGCUGUUCCGUUGCCAAGACAAGGUCCUUCGCAAGAUGUUGUAUGAUCACAUUGUCAAUGACAUCAAGCGCACCAAUGCCAAACACAAAGACAAUAAGCUUAAUACAACACUUCAAAACUUCAUGUAUACCAUGCUGACGGACAAUAGUUCAGUGGCAGCCAAGAUGUCACUUGAUGUGAUGAUAGAACUUUAUAAGAAAAAUAUUUGGAAUGAUACAAAGACAGUGAAUGUAAUCGUGACAGCUUGCUUCUCAAAAGUUACUAAGAUUCUCGUCACUGCUUUGAAAUUCUUUCUUGGAUCUGAUGAGGAAGGCAAUGAUGAGGACAGUGAUAGUGAAUCAGAAGAUGAGGGAACAACUGCCAAGCAUAUUCUCAUUGCUGACAAGGUAAAUAAGACAUCUAAGAAGAGACAGAAGAAAACAAAGAAAGCACUCCAAGUACUCAGGAAACACAAGAAGAAGCGUAAGAAGAAAGAAGCAUUCAACUUCUCAGCAUUACAUCUUGUCCAUGAUCCACAAGAAUUUGCUGAGCGUCUGUUUAAACAGCUUGAGAAGUCUACAGAGAGGUUUGAGGUGAAGCUUAUGAUGAUUAAUCUCAUCUCUCGUUUGGUCGGAGUUCAUCAACUUAUUCUCUUCAACUUUUAUCCUUUCCUUCAGAGAUUCAUGCAGCCACAUCAGAAAGAGGUAACCAAGAUACUACUGUAUACAGCCCAAGCUACACAUGAUCUGGUACCACCCGAUAUCAUAGAAUCUGUCCUUAGGACACUGGUCAAUAACUUUGUGACUGAGAGGAAUUCAAAUGAAGUCAUGGCAGUUGGACUGAAUGCAGUGAGGGAAGUGUGUGCUAGGUGCCCUCUAGCAAUGGGUCCAGAUCUCCUCCAGGACCUGACACAGUAUAAGACCUACCGUAGCAAGUCAGUCAUGGCUGCAUCAAGAUCACUCAUCCAUCUCUUCAGGAAAACCAAUCCAGAACUUCUUCACAGAAAAGACAAGGGUAAACCUACAGAGCAAUCAAUAGAGGUCAAAGCAAGGGAAUAUGGGGAGCUAGUAGCGUCAGACUUCAUUCCAGGAGCUGAGGUGUUAGCUGAAGAAAGAGAAGAAAAGGAGGACGAUAAAGAUGGAUGGGAGUCAGCAAGCGGUGAUUCCAGUGAUAGCGAUGGUAGCUGGCAUGAUGUCCAUCAUUCUUCUGAUGAUGAGGUGGAGAUGAAAGACGGAACAGAGAAUCCUGCUAGUAACCUAACCUCAGAGGAGAAAGUCACGAGAGCUACGGCUAUCAGUCAGAAUAGAAUACUUACUCAAGAAGACUUUCAGGCGAUACGUACGGAGCAGGUACGGAAAGAGCUUGCAUCUGCUCCAAAGACUGGACGUAAGAGAAAGAACGUUGAGAUAAGUUCUGAUAAGAAUGAAGGUGGAGAGCUUCUUUCUUUAAAUCAGAUAGAAUCCAUUCAGUACAAACCAAAGCACGACAAAGAAACAAGAAUGGCUACCAUCAUGGCUGGACGUGAAGGAAGAGAGAAGUUUGGGAGUAAAAAACAGAAGAUGAAUCCUCAUGCUAGUACUACAAACAAACAGAAGAGAAAGAAUAAACCAUUCAUGAUGAUGAAACAGAAGUUUAAUAUCAAGUCUAAACACAAACGAUCCUUCAGAGAAAAACAGGUUGCACUCCGAGACUCCCUCUUGAAGAAAGCCAAGAAACGAUGAUAAUGAUAAAAAUAAGGUGUGGUGAAAGGACACUUGAGAUGGGAAAGUAUAUCAUUCAAAGAUUUACUAUAUCUCACCUCCACAUUACAACUUUGUAACUUCACUUCCAAACAACUUGACCUUUCCAGUAUCAGGUUUGACAGUAAGGGUUGAAUGGAAGGCAUGUCUAAUGGGGAUAGUAUUGUUAAUUUCAGCUGCCCAGGAUAUCUACAAUGGACCAUCUGAGCAUCGCUUCAUGAGUGAGCUUUUUAAGAGACCAAUUCAUGAGUGUCAAGUAUAUGGCGCAGUGUUUGAUUGUAAGACAUUUCGCUGCUUGAGUGACCUCAUGUCUCAAGAUUUGAAACGUUCAUAAGAGGUCAAGAAACACCUGUAUCGUAAGAUGCUAUCCAAUAGAAUAGUCAUCUUUCAUAUGUCAUAGUGACUUCAUUUUUGAGAGAGAGGUGUUGGACUGUGACUGGAUAUCACUUGAUAUUUCAUUUCAUGAACAAAGAAUGUGAACAAAGUGAUUUUGAGAUUCACUGUUUUAACUCACUAGUGAUGAUGUAUUGGUCUAGGUUUUAUUGAAAUAUGUAUGAGGCCCAUCUACUCAUAUGGUAUCAAGAAUAUGACAACAUUGUUUGAUUUCUGGAUGUAAAAAAUAGCAAGAUGUGGUCAUACGUAACCUUUCCAUAUGAAAUGCUCAUAGAAGUUACCUCCUUAUAAGUUCCAAAGUGCAAUUCUUUAUAUCUAAGGAAGGACUUGUGAAACUGCAUAGUGUGAUUCUUGAAGCUGGGUCCUUCUCAGUAGAGAUUCUUGACCAAUCUCCUAUGAUUGUCCAUGAUUUGUCCAGGGCAAAUUUGCCCUUAUUAAACUGAGGGGGGGGGGGGGGGUGUGGGGGGCGUCGUACGAAACUUUUUGACCGCGCCGCUUGCUGACCUUAUACUUUCAAAUUUUGCAACAUUUUGUAAGUGCAUGUCGGACCCAAAAUUGCUAAAAAAAACGUGAUUCCAUGUACAAAGUCAAUGCAAAUUGUGUUUUUCAACCAAAAAUCAUAAAUGUAUGAUUAUUUUUACUUUUGUUGGUUUGAAUGGAUUAAUUUUAUGCUAUUUAUGAUCGCAUAAGGGUCCCCGACAAAGUUCAUCGGAAAAAGCAAUAAACAAAGUUUUGAAAAAAGAAAAAUGCAUAAGAAUUAAAAAAGCAAAAAAAUACAUAAGACAUAAAUUAUAUUUUUGCAAUUUUUGGAGAGAUAUUUGUUAGAAAUGUAAAAAUUGAUACUCUCACCCAAAUUAGCAUUCCAGAUUGCUAUAUAAUUGAGUUAAAGGCAAAAACAUACAAAAAAUAAACAAAUUUAGGGCAAAUUUCAUCUGCUUAUUUGCAUAAUUAAUUAGAUAUAUAAACAAUUCAUUUAAAAAAAAGUUUACCAUACAGUCUUGUAGUUUACAUACCGAUCUACAUGUACACUCGUGCAAAUUUUUGCAGCGAUCGCGCAAUAAGUGGCCGAUAUCUAAGGGAGGGGGUCAAAUUGACCCCCCCCCCCAGUAUAACAUGGUCUGAAAUAGCCCAGUUAAAAUAGGGUUAAUCAUGUCACUUACAGUUAUUUUUUACGGUAACACAUACAUGAAUCAUCAUGCUGAAAUAUCUAAAGAGUUACACUGUCUUUUGGUCUGUAAAAAAGAAAUUAAGAGCUAGUCAAACUCCUGAUGUUGUUGACCUCUCUCUGACUUCAUUUACUUACAAUAUUGUCGAAUUUCCACUUGGUUUGAUUACUACUUUGUUUUGAUAUCAAGUAUGACUAACCCAAGUAGUUAUCAGACCUUUGCACAGUCAAUAGACCAAGUACCAAUCAGAUAAAAUGAAAUGUGGGCCAAUCAGAUAUACUAUAUAUUUUAAACGGAUAUUCAGUGCUAUUGUGAAUAGCUUUUUCUUCUAAUUGGCAGCAGCAGUAAUUUUCAUAUAUCUCUACACCCUCAAUGUAAUAGAUAAUGUUCUUCAAUAUUUUCUUUCUUAAAGGACAAGUCCACCCCAACAAAAAAUUGAUUUGAAUAACAAGAUAAAAAUCCAACAAACAUAACACUAAAAAUUUCAUCAAAAUUGGAUGUAAAAUAAGAAAGUUAUGACAUUUUAUAGUUUUUCUUAAUUUCAUAAAACAGUUAUAUGUACAUCCUGAUCAGUAUGCGAAUGAGGAGACUGAUGACAUCCACUCACUAUUUCUUUUGUAUUUUAUUGUAUGAAAUAUGAAAUAUUUUAAUUUUCUCCUGAUUGUCAAGUGAAACAAUGAUUUAUUCCCCCCGUGAACAUGUAGAAUAAGCAUUGUUCAAUACUAUAUGGUUCAGACAAGUCGGUCCUUAUUGUCAAAUCUGUAAAAAAUGAGAUAUUAUAUUAUUCAAACAAUAAAAAACAAAAGAAAUAGUGAGUGAGGGACGUCAUUGACUGUCUCAUUUGCAUGUCACCGAGUUGUGCAUAUCAAUGUUUUGUGAAAAAUAAACGAAACUUUAAAAUGUCAUAACUUUAUUUUACAUGAUUUUUCUCUAUUUAUUCAAAUCAACAUUUUUCUGGGGUGGACUUGACCUUUAUUUUCAAUGAAACAACAGUAUUAAUGUUUUUGUCACAUUGCUAAUCAAAGGAUAUUUUUAUUUUUCUUAUUUUUUUCCCCCCAAAAUCGAACAAAAGAUGCUACAAAAGUGAUGACCUUUUUUGUCUUUUCACAUUGUUCCAUUUGCAUAAAUUGUACAAGCCGUGAAUUUUGUCAUGGGGUAAAGAUUUUUAUGAUUUAUUUACUUGCAACUUACAGAGCUAAUGAUGCAUUGAGAUAUGAACUUUAGAUAAAGGGUAUCAUGAACUCUUGCUUGUGAUUUGUAUAUGUACAUUUCAUAUUCAAAUUAAUUCAAUAAAUUGAUUUUAUAUUUCA